GAGUUGUGAGUAUGGUUCUUUUGUUUUUAGGUAUGAGAAAUUAUUCUCAUUCGUUGAAGUUCGAGACUCAACAUGAAGUUAUUGGAAUAUCGGAUGCGGUCAACCUGAGUCGAUCAAGAAUGUUCUUCCCAAACUAUAUCAGAAUGAAAGACUUCCUCAUCAAUAGCUGCUUGAUUCAGCAAAUACAAGGGGGUUGUGCUGUAUUGUUCGAUCUAGUUCAUUGUAGUUUCUUCGAAGACGAAUUUGAUUUGGUCUUGUUUAAUUGUAUCUUGUUUUACUUUAAUACUAUUAUAGAUGCCGUUUGGCCUUCAAUUAAUGAAACUUCUCCUUCAAAAAAAAAAGUAAAAAUAAAAAAUCAACUUUUAAAAUUCCACAGAAUAAAAAAAUAAAAGGUUUCAACAUAGGUUGCAGAUGCCCAUUGAUCUAGGAAACACUCCUCAAGUCCUCAGUCCUCAGUCCUCAGUCCUCACCCUCUUGGCCUCUUCUCUCAUCUUUUUCCUUAAUUAUUUCCGCAAAACGAUUGAUUUAUUGCAACCUGCAAAUCUUCAGAUAUAGAAUUAUUUGAACAAGAUUAAGAAGAAAAGAUAAACCAUGAUGCACAAAAUCUACCUCUUUGGAGACUCAUAACUGGUGGGGACAAUGACAAGCAAGUUCAGAAAGGGGAGCUCAUUGACUUAAAAAGUCUAGUUAAUUUGAGAGGUGAACUCUUUAUUACAGUGAAAGAAUUUUCAUCAAAUGAUAUGCUCAAAGAUACAAAAGGAGCGGAUAUAUUAAGGAAGGCGCGUCUCGAUGCUUUAAAAAUAUAUUGUUAUAGUUGGGGCCAAGGUCAUUUCCAUGAAAUUUUGUUGGAGGGACUCUGCCCCAACCAUGAUCUUAGGAAAUUUAAGAUAGAUGGAUAUGAAGGCACAACAUUGCCAAGCUGGGCGUUGAUGAUGGGAACCUAUCUUCCACAGCUUGUGACUAUCAAGUUGUGGGGUCUACGUAAGUUGCAGCAUCUCCCAUCAUUGAGUGAACUUUGUCAUCUCAAAUCUCUUCAGCUUUUUUUCAUGGAUGAUAUUGAGUACAUAGAAGGCCCUUUCAUGCUAGCAUCAAGGUCAGCAGAGUUGAUGACAUUCUUCCCAUCCCUUGAGAAGCUUUGUCUAUUCGAUAUGCCAAAGUUGAAGGGAUGGUGGAGAGACUUAGUGUUGGUGGAGGCUGAUGCAGCUACUGUUGAUAGUUUUAUCGACGGCAAUGGUCGCAGGGAACAAGUGGUGAUCCCUUCAUUUCCUCGUCUUCAUGAAUUAGAGAUAGACGGUUGCCCAAGCAUGACAUACUUUCCUCCAUGCCCAGUUGCAAAAAAAGUGGAGCUAUCAAGAUGCAAUGAAGCACUGACAUUUUGUAUGAAGGAAGGUGUUCCAAGUGCAGUCAUUAUUGCUUCUUCUUCCUCGUCCUCCUCCAACUUGCUGCCCAUUAGUGUGUCUGACACAAGUAAUUCUGGGGAUCUUAUAUUAUUUGAGAGGUUAAAGAUAGAUGAUGCAGGGAUUCUAAACUCACUACUUCAAGAGUUUGGGCGAGGUGCUGUUGCGAUCUCAAUUGUAAAUUCUAAGAUGGACAGUUUUUCAGUAUGUAAGCUUGGAUUUCAAAGGUAUUGUGCCUCUUCCCUUCGGGAACUUUCAAUUUAUAAGUGCUGGAAGCUGAAGAGUUUGUCAGAAGGAGGAAUAGAGCAUCUCACAAACCUACAACAUCUCUAUAUUGACGAUUGCUAUCUGCUGGAUUUGGAAGAGAAAGAGAAUAUGCCAUGGAAAUCUCUUCACUCCCUCUCUUCCUUGACAUUACGCAAUCUUCCAAAGCUGGUGAAUCUCCCAGAGGGGCUUCAAUAUGUAACCACUCUUCUGUCGCUCCGCAUUAAUUCCUGCAAAAAUUUGAAGGUCCUUCCACAAUGGUUUUACUUACUUUGUUCUCUGGAAUCGCUUCAACUCUUGAGGUGCUCUGAGCUAAAAUCAUUGCCAGAAGUAUUACGUCGGAUGAACUCCCUUACAGAACUUGUAAUAUAUUGCUGCAACAAUGAACUAAGUGACAGAUGCCGAGAACCAGAUGGCGAGGAUUGCCCCAAAAUACGCCAUAUUUCUGAAAUACAUAUCUGUUGAAGAGAGAAGUAUUUUUUGAGUGACAGUCUAAAUUAAUUUUAGUUCCUCCUUUUCACUUUUCAGCAUAGUGAAUUAGUGAUGCGUAAAUAAUGUUAGUUGCCUUGUUACUUGUUAGUGGUCUAUUAAGUGUCAUUUAUUCUAGAAUCUAAUGACAUCUAAUGAGAUGAUCCAUGAUUAUGUUUUUUAGUACUUAUAAAUAAUACAGAAUAAACAAAGUUUGAGUAUGUAAAUAAUGUUAAAAUAAUUUUAUUCCAUCUGUUACAAAAUACUGUUCUCAUUUGCAAUCUUGACACUAUUCAUAAGUAAGAAAAAUCUUGUAAAUCAUUUACAUAUAAGAAAAUAUAUAUAUUCAUGCAAAUUGUAAGAAUGAAUUCAUUACGAAAAUUAAACUUUUGUAAUUUAUACUAAAGAUAAUAAUAAUAAUACAAAAUUGCAUUCACAAACGUGAAAAGAAAAAACGAGAACAAAUUCUUUUUUAAGACAAAGGGAGUAUAAUUUACAGAAAUUAAAGGAUUAUCAGGUAAAGCUUUAUUUAUAUUCUGAAAUAUUUGCUCCACUUUCCUUAGAAAAGAAAAAUUCUCUCCACGAAAUUUGUACAAAUAUAUUAAAAGGCUUUGCUAUAAAAAAAAAACAUUGUCAUAUGACACGAUCCAAUCCAGUGUAUGUGCCACAUGACACUCUUCUCAAGCUUCUAAUAUAAUGUUUAUGAUCUCAAUUUAAAAUAUUAACAAUAUGUAGCUAUAGGAAUCAAACACAAGACCAUGGAAAUGAAAUGUGAGAGCUUAACUACCCAUCCACUACAAUUUCAAUGUUUAAUACUCCCUCCGUCUCAUAAUAUAGUGCUUACUUUAUUUUUGGUGGGUCAAACUUUAAAAUCUUUAACAGAAUAUUCUCAUUUGUAUAUAUAUAAAAAAAUAUUUUCAUGUGGAAUCUUGUUAGAUUCGUCUCAAUGUGUAGUUUCAUAAUAUCAACUUUUUAUAUUUUUUAUUAAUACAGAAUUUAAGAUAUUAAAGGUCAAAGUUACGUCUUGGAGAUUGUGUAAAAAAGAAACAAGCACUAUAUUAUGGGACGGAGGGAAUAAUUCAAAGUAAAAUAUAAUAAAGUAUUACAAUUAUAUGUAAUUAUAAAGAUAUAUACAAGUUUUUUUUAUAUUUCUAAUACUGUUAUUAAUGAAAUAAUAUUCUCUUAUCCGAAUUCCAUUGAAAUUGUAUUUUUGUCCCUAAUUUCUAGAUUUUUUUAAUAAAAAACAACAACUUAUUAUGCCAUAACGUCCAUUUCUCAAUUUCUCACCCUACACAAAAUAUUACAAAAAACUAAUAAAAUCAAGGGUAAUGUUAUAUGUAGCCCUUAGGGUUACAUAUAAGCAUUAAAUACAUGUCUUAAAAUGAAAACAGUUUAUGAAUUCAUGAUAAAAUUUCACAUUAUUUGAGGUAAUAAAUGCUUGAUUCAAAUUUUUAUUUCUAUUUUAAACUUCUUAUACAUAGCCUUAAGGGCUAUGUAUAUCAUUUUCCUAAAAUCAAUUAUAAAAUUUAUGAAUAAUAAUACAUUUGAUUAUUAUAACUAACCCGAGGUCCAAAAAUACUACUCCCUCCGUCCCAAAAUAUAGUUCCCAUUUUCUUUUUGAGUGUCCCAAAAUAUAGUUCUCAUUUCCAUAUUUAGUUCCACAUUUUUCCGCAAUUUGUCUAGAAAAACCGUGUCUCAUCAUUUGUUUGCUUCUUGAAUUUUGUUUUUUCCUUUGUUUAUUCAACCAAAAAGUUACAAUUAAUGUUCUUUCACCAAUUAUUUUUCAUUCUCUCUCCUAAAAUCAUCUUUUCCCAUACAACAUUUAUUUAAAUAAACAAAAAAAUCUUUACUAUCCCUCUUAGAUUCUACUUGCAUAAAUUACCGUGAAAAAAAGGAAAUGGAAACUAUAUUUUGGGACGGAGGGAGUAGUUUUUAAAAAGGUUUCAACAUAGGAAGCAUAUGCCCAUUGAUGUAAUGUAGGGAUUAGGAAACAGAAACACUCCUCAGUCCUCAGUCCUCAGUCCUCAGUCCUCACCCUCUUCUCUCAUCUUUUUCCUUAAUUAUUAGAAAACUAUUUCCGCAAAAAUAAUUAAUUCAUGUGCAACCUACAAAUCUGCAGAUAUCGAAUUAUCUGAACAAGAUUAAGAAGAAAAGAUAAACCAUGAUGCACAAAAUCGACCUAUUUGAAGACUCAUAAAUCGUAACUGGUAAG